AUGCAGCAGCGGCUGGGCAUCCUGACAGGCAUGGCGCGCGGAUUGGAGUAUCUGCACAGCUUUGGCAUCGUGCAUCGCGACAUCAAGCCCGCCAACGUUCUGCUGGACGCGCGCAUGCAUGCCAAGCUCGCUGACUUUCGAGGGCUCCUAUGCCUGCCCAAAACCCCACUGCCGUAUCCUCUCUUCCCAGAUGCACCACACCCACUCACGAUGCAGCAACGCCUAGGUAUCCUGACAGGCAUGGCACGCGGGCUGGAGUACCUGCACAGCUUCAGCAUCGUGCAUCGCGACAUCAAGCCCGCCAACGUGCUGUUGGACGCACGCAUGCACGCCAAGCUCGCUGACUUUGGGCUGGUGCGACUUGGGGAAGGUACAUCUGUGGCGGCUACCCGAGUCAUGGGCACGCCUGGCUAUGUGGACCCUGCUUACUACCGCUCCCACAAGGCCACACCCAAGGCGGACGUGCACAGCUUCGGAGUGGUGAUGCUGGCGGUGAUCACGGCUCGCAAGGCCGUCUACAACAUCGAGUCAAACCAAGUCAACCUCAAGCAGUGGGCAGCAUCGCUGGUGGCAGCAGGGGACGUGGCGGGACUAAAGGACCCGCAACUGCAAGCACCGGACGACCUCGUGCUGCGCAUGGCACGCCUGGCACUCUCCUGCACCGCCAUGCCCACGGCGUCUCGCCCGGGCAUGAGCCGCGUGCUGGCAGAGCUGCUGCUGCUCAAGGAGGAGUUCUACGGGGAGGAUGAGGACCGCAUGGCUGCCCGCAUCGACCACGAGAUUGAGAGCGGGGAGGUUGAUUUCAGUCUAGAGCUGGCUCGGAUUGAGGGGAUCCAACUCUCUUGA